AUACAACUUGAACUCCUUGCUUGUGUUGAAAUAACAGUUUUACUGAAUAUUUAAGGAUCGAAAAAUUUCUAAUUAUUAAAUAAAUUCAAGAAUCAUUAAGUGUUAACGUAUUUUAUUAAAACAAAAAUGGCAAAUCGGUUUAAUUUUCCAAUUAACACAUCAUUAGGUAUGCCACCAUCAUCUGGUAACAGACUUAAUUUCAGAAGUUGCGAGCCCAAACCAACACCACCUGGGCUACCAAUAAACGUAUCAAGUACUGGUGCUCAUGUCAGUGUCGGCCCGAAUAUUCCCAAUAUUAUUCAGAGCGGCCCACAUUCAGUAGGCGCACACGCCCAUGCAAAUAUUCCUCUUCAUAACAAUAUACCACCUGGGGCUGGAGGUGGAAUAAACUAUCAACAUGCUUCUGGACACAGUGCAUCAGUAAAUGUUGAUCACGUGAAGCAUUGUGGCACAACGGUUCAAGCUGACGCAAAUGCGAGAUUACAUGCAAGUACAGAUGGUUCCGCAACUUUAAAUUUAGGUGCUGGGGCAAGCCGACAUGGUAAUGGUCCAAUUCAAAAACAUGUGGGGCUUCAUUUCAAUAAACAACUUUAAACUGUGCACUUCUAUACAUUCUUCUGUAACUUUAGAAUAAACUAAUAAAAUUUAUUUCUGACUAUUGA